GCGGCCCCGCCGCCGCCCCCGCACAGAUGCACCCGCCGGCAUCCCCCGGGGCCGGCCGCGACCUGCACAGCGCCGAGGCGAUCCCGCCGGCUCCGGGCGACGGGCAGAGCCCGCGGACCGGGCGCUGAAGCCGCCUCGCCACCCGCACGAGAGGAGGAGCCGCGGGUGCCGCGCCAGCCGCCGGCCCCGCCGCCGCUCCCGCCGGCGCCCCAUGGAUAAGGCGGGCUCGCUGCACAGCUCGGUGCCCGCGCCGCCGCCCCGGCUCUACCUGCCGCGCAACUUCAGCUGCAGCGCCUGCCUCUAUGGCAGCCUGGCCGAGCAGUGCAGGGCGGGCUGCAGCCCCGACGGCGACGCCGCGCCCACGCCCGUGGUGCGGGAGGCGGCGGGCGAGAAGCCGCCGCAGACGCGGGGCCGGGAGCCCACGCUGCCCGCCGUGCCCCCCAGCCCCACGCAGCGCCGCCGCGCCAAGUCGCUGCCCACGCCCGGCGACCGCAGCCUGCGCCCCGCGCUGCAGCACAGCCCGUCGCGCCGCAAGACCGUGCGGUUCGCCGACUCCCUGGGGCUGGAGCUCACCUCCGUGCACCUCUUCUGCGAGGCCGACCUGCCGCGGGUGCCGCUGCCCGCGCCGCCCACGCCGCGCCCCGCAGACCUGCUCAAGACCAGGAAGCCGCCGGCGCUGGGAGACCUGGAGCCGGUGCUGUUCGGGCCGCCGCCGCCGCUGCUGGAGCCGCUGUUCCCGCCGCAGCCCGGAGCCAGCCCGGGCUUCGUGGAGCGGGUGCGGCAGCACAAGGUGAGGCUGGAGUGGGUGCGGGCAGAGCCCGCGGGGCUGCGCGGAGCCGUGCGCGUCCUCAACCUCGCCUACGAGAAGGUGGUGUCGGUGCGGUACACGCUCAAUGGCUGGGCCAGCUGCGCGGAGGCUCCCGCCGCGUACCAGCCGCCCGGGCCGCCCGACGGCAUCACCGACCGCUUCGCCUUCCUGCUGCCCCUGGGCGCUGCCGCCGCCACCGAGGCCACGCUCGAGUUCGCCGUCCGGUACCGCGUGGCCGGGGCCGAGUACUGGGACAACAACGAGGGCAAGAACUACCGGCUGCGGGCCCGGCAGCGCCUCCCGCCCGGCACCGGCCUCCCGCAGGACCCCGACAGCUCCGCCUGGAUCCACUUCAUCUGAGACGGGGGCCCGGGGGGAUCCCCCCGCCCGGGGGCUGCCCCGCCGCCUCCCCGAGAGCCGCCGGGAGGGCUUUUCCCGAGUUCUGUUCCCAGCGGGGUGAUUUGGCUUUCCGGGGUCGCUGGCGAUGCCGGGGGACCCUCGCUCCCCUCACGGGGGGUCAGGCGCGGGUUCCCCUCAGUCCGCCGGGCGCUGUGGCGGCCACCAAAGCAGCAUCUGCCGGGGGGGGGUCUCGGGGGAUGGGCGGGAUUGAGCGGCCGGGACCGGGAUCCAUGGAUGCACAUGCUUCCAGGUGCCGGAGGGGCUGCUGUCGCCUCAGCAGGUGACAGGGAGGGCAGGGUCACAGGACAUCCCUCCAGCCGUCCCAUUUGCCUAAUCCUGCUCAAGCAAAGCCCGGCUCGGCGAGGGGCUGGAUCCGCGCUCACCCUCUCGUGUCAGUUUGGGGUUAAGGGCCUCAUAGCAGAGGGCUGAGGGACAGAUUAGUUUGCAACCCAAAAAGACAAGAGCAGGGAUGCCCUGAGGUGUAGCUGUGUUUCAUCAUGCUGUAAAAAUGUUUGGUUUAAAGCAAAGAUUUUUUUUUUUUUUUUUAAUUUUGAACCCUAUUUCAUGUAUUUAAACAUACUUAGAAAGAAGCGUCACAGCCUGAUUGAAAUGUAACUCAUGGAGAGAUUUUAAAAAGAGUUUUGGUUUAGGAUUCGUGUGGUACGUUGGUGGAAGGGGCUGGCAGGGUCUGGUGUUUGUUUCUGUAGGAUUGGGCCCGUAAAGCUGCUUGUGUUCAGGUCAGCAGGAAAGUCGUGGGAUUGCACUGAGGGAACCAGAGACUGCAAGAGUUAAAUCCAUAAUUCUGGUCUGCAUCACAAGCAACACUUUCAUUUUUAUUCCUGUUGACGGUUUAACUUAAUUUCUUAAGGUGUGUCAGGGCAGGAACCUCCUUUCUGAAAAAUUAAGUGCUCCAAAUUUUUCAUAAUAAUUUCAGUAAGCAACAGAUUUCACAAAGUUUAGUCAGACAAAUGGAAGAAAGUUGCACCUUGCCAUAUGAAAAUACAUCGAUAGAAAUCACGGAGUAUGCUGACUUCUGCCUUCAAAGGUAUGUUUUAAAUAUGUUUUUAAAUUAUAUUAGCAGUAAACAUAGCAUUUUCCUUUUAAAACUCAGAUUUUCGGGAGUUCAGAUGAGUACAGGUUGUGCUGGUGCCAAAUCUGGGUGCUAAUUUUCCAGGAUUGGGGGGGGGUGUGUUUGCAGGAGAGGGACCUCUGCAAAUCCAACUUCUGAGAGUGGCAAAACCAAUGUCAGCAUGAUCUGCUGGUUAUGAAGGGCUGUCAGGUCAGGCCUUUGAGGUUUUGGACCCUCUGUACGUUGUUAAUGAAUGAAAUGUGAUUUUUAACUUCAUUUUUAUGUUCCUUGAAAGAGUUAAGUGUCCCAAGCAGCUUGAGUAAUGUCUGGAGUAAUGAGUUCUCACAGAACCUUUUGACUUUGGUGGGAAUUGAGAGCACUUUUGUCUCCUGAGGGUUUGGUUCAGUCAGAAUAAUUAAACUUCUAAAUUCUGGGGGAAAAAGAGGUCUGGAAAGUUGAUGGGAAAAGAGUAUUUAAUUUAAUUUCUCUGGAUCACUGUCUCUGAUUUAAUGGAAGUAAUAACAGGACUGCUUUCUGUAGUACUGGUAACUUGGUUUUAAUUUCCCAGGCAGUUUUCUAAUCCCUGUGUUUUUAAUGAAACAGAAUAUAAGAGAAAUGUACUGUCAGCAUCUCCUGAGGAUUUCACAUUUUAGAAUAUUAAGGUCCCCAUCUUGUAAUACAGUAAUCCUAUAAGUUGCUAGAACAUGGAUAUAAAGCUAGAAUUGCACAAGUAGGGUCUUAAAAUGCUUAUGAUUAAAGCAUAUGAAGUGGUGUAUUUGAUUAAAAAAAGCCCAAGUGUCUUUUAGUUGAAAUUAUAUUUUUUUUAUAAGAGCCUUAAUACUGGAGAGAAGGAAAAGGACUUGUCUCCAUUUGAAAGCACUUUGAAAUCUGUAGAAAUACAGCAAAACAUCUUUUAUUUAUGUGUUAGAGCUUUCCAAAGCACUUUUUGCUUGGCCUUUUUCACCCAAAGAGUGAACCAACAGUUGGAUGGUUGGAAAGACUAAAAUGCUUGGAGAAAACAGUAGUUUCUGUGCAUUUUAGGUCAACUGAUGCUGCAAGUUUGCUCAUGAAAUUCUAACGAGAUUCCUGUUUACUGUUUCAAUGGCUUUAGAAACACAAACAGGGCUAAAACCAUUUUUAACAGUGAAUGAUUCCAGAACUCCAAAAUUAUUUUCCAGUGAAGGGCAGUUUUCAUUGUCAUUUGAUUUAUGCAGCAUCUAUCUAUCUCUAAAAAUUCCCUAAAGGUCUCUAAAAAGUUUUAAAAAUCUCCUUCUAACACCUGUGGCUUAAACUCUUUCAGCUUGGGAUACCCAAGUGGAUUACAUGCACCAAGUACACUGGGAGGUUGUUGUGCUACCCUUUAUUUUUUAUCACGAUUUAGGUGAAAUUACUGUUGCUCUUGGUUGAAAUUUUGCAGUCAGAAUUGGGCUGUGGCUUUACAAUACUGUUCAAAGGUCACUGUUCUUUUAUUUAUGGCUGCCUUUGCCACAGACAGAUUUGAAUAUUAAAACUUUUGGGGCUGUGGAACACCAGAAGAAUGUCCUGUGAAACAGUUCUCCUGAGCUUCCAAGCAGUU